CAGACAGAGAGAGAGAGAGACAGAGAGACACAGAGAGAGAGACAGAGAGAGACAGAGAGAAAGAGACAGAGAGACACAGAGAGAGAGAGACACAGAGAGAGAGAGACAGACAGACAGAAAGACAUCAGGGAACGCCAUGACGUCCAAAAAGGAGGAGAAGAGGUCGUUCGGCAACGGGCCCCUGAGGGACCAGUGGGAGCAGAAGGCCCAGGGCCUGGCGGAGCAGUGCCAGCAGGAGGCGGAGUGGAAGAAGAAGAGCUCCCUCAAAAUAUCGUUCUCAAAGUGGAAUUACCACCACUCGCUGGUUUCCGGUGGAGACUUCCAGAAGCUCACCAGCGGUGCAGAGGAAGCGGAGAACAACAAACCGAAAAUCCGGUUCAAAGUGGUGCCCCCGCCCCCCAAAGCCCGGCGGGAGGCCGUGGCUCCGCCUCCUCCCAAGAAAGCAGCUUCGCCCAAACUCAGCCGGCAGAAGCGGCGCGUGGAGGUGGACGUGUUCGGGCUGAUCUGGAGGGACUCCUGGAGGAGCCUGAAGCCCCCGAAGUACCUCUACCUGAAGGCCCGGGAGGCCCGAGAGGCCAGAACCAAAGUCCAGGGCUUCACAACCAUCGAGCUGAACAACAACCGGCAGAACAGACCGAAGGAGUCAGAACCCGGAGAGACGACUCCUGCUGAAGGAUGGAGAGACUCCUGGAGACAGGUGAAGAGUCCUCCUCAGCCGGAGCCCUCGGAGGAGGCCCCUCUCCAGAGGGAGGUGCUGUCCCAGAGGGAGGUGCUGUCCCAGAGGGAGGUGCUGUGCAGAGCGAGCAUCCAGGUGUUCUCCCUGCCUGUGUGGGCCGGCACCUGGAAGUUCAUGAACUUUGCCUACAGGCAGCAGAAGAAGGACUGGGACCGCUUGUGGCCCGAGUGCCUCCACCUGCCCCGGAGCAAGGUGGAGCCGCUGGAGCACCUGGAGGAGCAGGAGGAGCCCCUGGACUGGGAGGACUCGUGGAGAACUUUGGGUGCUGAGGUCGAACAAGAAGACGCCGAAGCUCCGACCUCUGACCCCCCAGUGAGGAUGAACGACGUGAGGAUGCCCGGCUGGAGCGACGCCUGGCUGCUCUCUGCCGCCCCCCUGAGGGAGGAGGAGGAACGGCUCAGGAACUGGAGCUCCUGCUGGGCGCUGAGGCCGCAGAGCAGGUGGUGCCGUCCGUCGCUGCUUUCUCAUCUUCGUCACAGCGCCUCCAUGACGAAGAAACGUGGAGACCUGCACCUCCUCCUCACCUCUCAGCUGGAGAUCACACACAGCCCAGAGUGGAAGGAGGCCUGGAGGAGUCCCAAAGGAGGGAGGAGACCAGAGGAGGAGGAGAGGAGGAGGGAGGAGGAGGGGGAGGAGGAAGAGGAGGAGGAAGAUGUUUGCAAAAAUGAGGAGGACAAAGAAGAAGACGAGGAAGAGAAUGAUGUCGAAGUACAGGUGAAGGAGGAUAAAGAAAUUAACAUGGGGGAGGAGGAAGAGGAGGAAGAGGAGGAGGAGGAAGAGGAGGAGGAUGAAGAUGUUUGCAAAAAUGUGAAAGACAAAGAAGAAAGGGAUGUAGCAGUACAGGUGAAGGAGGAUAAAGAUAUCAACAAGAAGGAUGAAGAGGUAAAGGAGGAGGACGAGGAAGAAGAGGAGGAAGAGGAGGAUGAAGUUGACAACAAGCAGAACGAAGAGGAUAAAGUUCAUAAGGAGGACAACGACGAGGAAAGGGAGGAAGAUGAAGAGGAGGAGCACAAAGAAGAAGACAAGGAAGAGAGGGAUGUGGCAGUACAGGUGAAGGAGGAUAACGAAAUCAACAAGGAUGAGGAGGAAGAGGAGGAAGAGGAGGAAGAGGAAGUCAACAAGCAGAACAAAGAGGAUAAAGUACACAAGGAGGAGGACAAAGAUGUGGUCAACGACGAGAAAUGUGAGGAAGAUGAGGAAAAGGAGGAGGACAAAGUAGAAGACAACCAUAUAAAGGAGGAGGAGGAGGAGGAGGAGCCAGAAGUAAAGGAGAAGAACAACACCAAUCAAAUGCAAAAGGUGGAAGCAGAUGAUGACGAGGAUGAAGAACAGGAGGAGGAAAGAGACCAACAAGUAAAGAAGGAUGACAACAACAUAAAACAACAUGAUGAGGAGGGUGGAGAUGAAGAGGAGGAGGAGGAGGAAGAGGAGGACAAAGAACAGGAACGAGAUAAGGAGGACGAGGAAGAAGAGACAGAUAUAAAAGACAAAAGAAAAAUGGAUGAAGUAGAUAAAAGGGAGGAGGAAAAAGAUGAAGAGGAGGAAGAGGAGGAGGAGGAAAAAGACAAGGUGAAUGAAGAGGAAGAGUUAGACAAAGUUGAAGUGAAAGAAAAGGAGGAUGAGAAGGAGGACGAGAAGGAGGAAGACGUUGUCACAGUGGUGAAAAAGGAAGAUGAGGAAGAGGAGAAUAGUGUAGAUGAAAAGGAGGAAGAUGAUAAAGAGGUCAAGGAGGAGGAGGAUGAAGAUGAGGAGGAGGAGGAGGAUGAAGCAGACAAAGAUAAGAAAGACAAUAAAGAGCUGGAUGAGGAUGAGGAGGACGAAGAAGAAGACACUAAGGAGGAAGAAGUAGCCGUGAAGGUGAAGAUUACUGGAGAGGAAGAGGAUGGUGUAGAUACAGGGGAGGAGGAAGAGGAGGAUGCAGACAAAGACCAGGGGAAAGAAGUGCACAUUAAAGAAGUAGAUGAGGAUGAAAGAGAAGACGAGGAGGAAGAUGAUGAAGAUAUAGACAAGGAGGAAGAGGAGGAGGAUGAAGACGAGGAGGAGGAGAUGGAUAAAGAGGACGCUAAAGCAGAGGACACGUCGUUUAAGAAAGAGGAGGAGGAGGAAGAGGAGCAGCGAGACAAAGUGAGGAGGCGCGUCCGACCCCACGUCCCGCUCCACCUGCAGUUCACAAAGCUGAACUCCUCCUUCUCCUCCUGGAAGGAGUCCUGGAUGGUGGCGGUGGCCCACAGGGGAGGAGAAGACGACCACGAAGAGGAGGAAGAGGAGCAGGAGGAGGGGGGGGAGGAGUGGAAGGCGUGGAGGGAGUCGUGGAGGAUCUGCCGCUGGAGGAAGCCCGACGAAGACGAGGUGGUGUGCUUCUCCACCGAGCACCGCAGCCAGAGAUGCACCAGGAUGAAGAUGGAGGGAGACGAGAGGAUGAGGAGGGAAGUGCCAGUGGAGCCCCAGGUGCCAGUGAGCCUCAGGGCGCCACUGGAGCCCCAGAGCGCCAGUGAGCCCCAGGGCGCCACUGGAGCCUCAGAGUGCCAGUGGAGCCCCAGGUGCCAGUGGCCUCCAGAGUGCCACUGGAGCCCCAGAGUGCCAGUGAGCCUCCAGGGUGCCAGUGAGCCCCCAGAGUGCCACUGA